ACUUUCCGCAACAUUAGCUUUCUCCGUGAUCAUGCGACUUACGCAAGUCACAACAGUGCGACAGCUGGGAAGAGAGAGAAUGUAAAGAUGUGGAGUCAAGUCAUGCGGCCAUUCACGGCGCAAUAGAGACCACAACGCGGGUGUGUAAGGGAAGAGCGUGGGCUCGACAGCCGGAAGUCUCGCUGCGUUGAAAGAGUCAUUCGGCUUUGUCUAUUGCUGGCGAAGAAACGCCUGCGUAACGCUCUGCUCGCAGUCUGUCACCACCAAAAGUUCACUUGUCAAUAGAUGGAGGGCUUCCUGCUCGUCUUCGCCAAGGAACGCAGUGCACAGCUGCAGUAUUGUGUGCUGGAGCAUGGCAUGUUGCGCUGCUUCGACCGGCCAGGUGGAGUGCUGCGCGAGUCUGUCGGACUUACGAGACAUCGCAUCCGCGUACAGCCACUCUUUAGUGACAAUGCCGGCGUCUGUCCGAACCGGUUCGCGGUGCACGCGCUCGAGGUGAAGCGCAACGACCAGGCAGGGGCAUUUGUGGCGGCCAGCAAGUGCGAAAAGACCUACUACUUUGCCGCGGCCACCUCCAAGGCCAUGAUCAAGUGGGCCAAUGCCAUUCACAAUUGGCGACGCCACGCAUUCGACGAUCCGACUAGCAGUGCGCUGUCCGUUCACGAUGCCAUCACCGACACGGCCAUGAAGAAUCCCGAUGCUAAACGACGUUCUGUCCUGCUGGAAACGCAACGACUAAAUCUCGUCAACUUGGCCAACCGAUUCGACGUCAAGCUUGUCACGGCCAGUACGAGCACCGAAAAAAAGGCUGGCGGUUUGUUCAGAAGUCCGUCAUUCCGCGUAUCCUCGACGUACAAAGGCCCUGCCGAGAUAAAGACAUCCAGAUCCAGCUUCGCCGUGAUAUCCUGGCUGCCGGGGUUCUCAUCCCUCCGACCUAACUUGCUGGGCAGAUAAAUUACUCGAACUCUAUGUAAUGCUCUCUCUGUAGCAGUAAAACUCUAGAAAGUAUCGUGUCAGUGUCAAGAAUUCACACAACUUUGAAGAAUCAAAUCGGGUUUGCAAUGUGGUAGUUCCAUGUAGACCCUAAUCGAAG